UAAUAAUCGUUGGAUUGCUGGCUGACGAUUUUGUACUCGAUUUAUACAGUGGUCAAUAACAACAUACUCAUCACAACUUAUUACUGCAGCGUUUUUUCGUUGUAAUAUAAGUAUUUCUAUCCUCUGCCAAUUUUUCUUCACCUGCAACGUUCAGCUUAAAAAAUGUUCACUGGACUCGUUGAAACUGUUGGAACUGUCAUCUCGUUAGAGAAAACGAGUGAAGGAACAAUUAUUGCUAUUGAAGCUCCCGAAGUUCUGGCCGAUGCUCAUGAUGGAGACAGCAUUGCCGUGAACGGUACCUGUUUAACAAUUUUGAAUUUCACUAGUACAACAUUUUCAGUCGGUGCUGCUCCCGAGACCUUGCGUCUCACGAACUUGGGUUUCUUGAAAAAGGGCGACAAGGUCAAUUUGGAACGUGCUAUUCUUGCUACUACUCGUUUGGGCGGCCAUAUGGUUCAAGGCCAUGUCGACACAGUUGCUGAGAUUGUUGAGAAGAAGCCUGACGGUGAGGCUAUCACUUUCACCUUCAAGCCCCGUGAUGCUUUUGUUCUGAAGUACAUUGUUUACAAGGGCUACAUUUGUCUCGAUGGUAUUUCUCUCACCAUUACAAAUGUCGAUGAAACGACUUUCAGCAUUAUGAUGAUUUACUACACACAGUCAAAGGUCGCUUUGAGCGAGAAGAGCAUUGGUGACUUGGUAAAUGUUGAAGUGGACCAGGUCGGUAAAUACGUCGAGAAAAUCGUAGCUGCUCAUGUUGAGGACUUUAAAAAGAAGUUCUAAUUGCGCCCAUACGACCCCAAAUGCGCUCAUGAUAUUUGAAAUGAAAUAAUAGUUAAGAUGAUGUUAUUACAACACUAAUGUCAUGGAAGUCGAACACAGGUGUUGCAGAUUUAGGAAUGCAUAAACUAAAAUGAUGUGUGUGGAACCAACACGGGCGCGAGCCUUGUCCGUUCCAGCGUUGUAAUAAUACAAUAUAAAGUGAGAAACAGAGCGACUGGACUGGUUCUUGGGAACCGCGAAGAGCAUUCAAUCGUCCUAAGCCAUAAGAGAGUUCUCGUGAAGAGAUUCAAGGAGAGUUUCUCUAAGUUGGGCAACAAAUCCAGGAAGGAGCUUGGGUAUAAUCGCAAAGUCGGGCUUCACCGCGUUCUCUGCUUGCUGUGCAAGUGCACGGGCUGCCUCCACACGAGCUUCGCCAACAGGGUCAUCAGGCUCAAGAAUACUUAUGCUAUCGUUCGUCGCAGUAAGUGACAAUUGCAAACUAUUAUCGUCGUCGUCUUCCUCUGGACGAUCUUGCAGCUCGCGGAAGAGCUCAUUAUCGAGUCCAAAGUCGUCGGAUUGAACGUUUGGCAAACUAGACUCGUCCAUGCCUCCAUAACGGCAUUGAACCUUGAUCAAGUUGGCAACCUUUGUGCGGUGAUUCCAGUCCAAAAGAUCAGUCAACUCUUGCUUCAAGGUUACCAUAUCUUCGGGCUCUAAAGUCUCCAACACUGUGUUCAUCUCAAUGUUUCUCGUCGAGUCCUUCUUCAAGAAAUACAACACAGUUUCAAUCCACUUGGUCAAAUCAAUGAACAAGCCAUCGUCGUGUGUGUAGAUUUUAUGAACAAAGUCGAAGAAGCUUUGCUCAUGGCGCGAAACAAGGUCGAUAAACUUCUUCACCACAGCGUUAGGGUUCAUUUCAAACGAGUUUUGCGUUUUCUCCACUAAGCCAAGCAUAUCAUCCAUGAAGGCAGAGAAAUCAUCCACACUAAUUUUUUGUUAGCAACACUGAUAUAGAGUGAUUUUGAACAUACGAUUGAUAUACGCUUGCAGCCUUGUACACGCGCAUAAGAGGCUUGUAGAAGAUGACGACAACGUCGCGCAUCAAAGUACCCGUAACACCUUCGAACAAAAGCUUCACCAUACUCUGCUUGCCAGAAAGUUGCAUAGAAAGUUUCAGGAGCUUCAUGGUGUAACCAUAACGCUUGGCUCUUUCCAAGUACUCGCCGUCCGCAGGAUAGGAAUCGCUUUCGAUACUCAUUUUCCAGCAUUCAUAGCCCUGCAAAAUCUCAUCCAAGGACUCCGGCGAAAGGACCGGUUCGUGUUGCUCCGAAGUCAUUACCUGCAGAAGCAACUUAGCGGUAUCGGGCAUUCCGACAUCCACGUCAGCAUACGACUCGGGUGCUUCAACAAAAUUGCUGACUCUGUUACAGAUUUCCACAUUCUUGAUGGAUGCUUCAUACUUUCCAACCAACUUCUCCAGCAAGCGAAUGUCAUCCUGCAAACCAAUACCAAUGAGACGCUGGAACAAAGACCGCUUGUUGAAAGGUUGGGCCAAAAACACAUCCAGUACAUGCUUCAUCAUGGCAACAGGAUUUGAAAGACGCAUAACACCCUUAAGAAUGGUAUAAGGGAUAAUACUGUGCAUCCGCUUGAUGCGCGAAAACGUAUCCAGAGAUUUUUCCUUUCCAAAGAACGUCAUGUAAAUGGUUGAAGCAAGACAAACCUUAGCCCAAUUGAUGGUCUUCUGAAGUGGUGGAGAAAGCUCUUCAAUACUGUCCUUUUCCUUCAGCUCGGAAAACAGCGCACUGAAGCCACCUAAGUUACGUUAGCAAAUACUGGAAAGACAAUGUCUCGGAAUAUAAAACUCAUACCAUGCUCAAUCAUGUUUUGCUUGAAGUUGCGCAUAUGACCUUCCAAUUCAUGCAUGCGCUCAUUUGCUGCCUUCUUGAACUGGAACUGCUCUUGCUCGCGAACACGAUCAAGCUGUUCACGGAUACGCAUGUCAAGAAUUUCCUCGUCAUUCGGCUCAGUCAUAUUCUUUAAGAGGAACAUCUGCAAGCAAUCGCUUUCAAGAAAUUCCGUCUUGGACAAAACAAGGUGCAUGAAUGUACGCAGGAAAUAGCGAGUCCGCUCUCUAUGCAACGUCUUGUCGACGACUUCAUCAUAAUCGCCUUCAAUCGCCCCUUCUGAAUGAAACAAGAAUGCAUCUGCCCCCGAGUCGGUGGAAAUGCGUGUUGGCGAAUAGUGCACAACAAAGCUAAGAGUGUCCUGCUUGGCAAGCGUAGGCACAUGCAGUUUGGGAAAACGCUUCAGAAGAGCGCGUCUCAGCUGUUCAAAGGCAGAGUAACGGUGUGCAAUGUAAUACACCUCGGUCUUCGUUUGAACGCGAAUCAUAUAUUCAAACGUACGCUUUCGAAGUAUACCUGCUGGCUCGUUCACGCGAACACCAAGGACAUCUGCUCGAAUAGGUUGAGAAUCGUACAAAUUGGCAUUUAGCGACAGUGACUCAAAGUGGGCCAUUAAUGUCUUUUCCUCUUCCGACACAUCCAUCAUCUCCUCUCGCUCGACCAGAUGAAUGGCAGAACUAAUGAGGAGAACGAAAACACGGACAAGCUUGAGUUUCAGACGACGCAAUUUGGACGAGUUUUCUGCAUCUGAAACAAAGCUCUUUUGUGCUUCGGCCACUGCGACAAGAAACUAGAUACUGUUAGACGAUCAAGCACAAAAGAGGACGAGCGAAUGAGAGACAGACACACACACACACUCGAUGCAAUAACAGUCAGUGUCGAGCAUUACAUGGCACAACACCGUCUCACACAAGACAUACACUUCGAACGUUUUCAUUCCAAAACUCUACUUGAGUGGAUGAAUCCAGAAAGGGGAAUGUAAGGGCAAAUCUUCGGAAAAUAAAACGGAUUACAGGAGUCUCUGACUCUUCGUAACGGAGAAAGGAUCCAUCGGGAAGCUUGAAUGGGAGACCCAAGUGAGCCAAGUUGUCCGGGUUGCUCAAAAUAGAGAAUUCACGCUCUACCUGAAGAGAAAUGAGCUCUUUCUUAAGAUAAUGGUAUUCUUUAGCGUCCAGCAUUGCCGAAAUAGGGAACGGCGUCUAUAAAACGGACAGGAAACAGCAAAAAAGUGAUAUAACUCACAGAACGAGUUGAACCAAAACAAGACUCCUUGCGACAAUUGGCAGAGAGAGAAAUAGACAGUGCACAAUAAAUUAUCAAAC